AUGUCUAUGAUAACAGCCACAGCCUGGGUGCCCCGAGGAUUUGCGGCACCUUUUCCGACCAAGUACGCUUUCACCGACCAAGAAUUCGAACGAAUACAGAAGCUUGCGCGACUGCAACUGGACGACGCAAGAGAGGAUCUAGCAGAUGCCCAGGCCGGGAACAACUCCGACGACGGAGGCGUCUUGCUGGAGGGCUCCAAGCAGGAGAACGCUGCUGAUGCCAAAACCAACGGUGACGAAGACGAUGAUCUCAAAGAAUAUGACUUGGAGCAUUACGACGACGAUGGCGCGGAAGAGGAGGACGAAGGCGAUACUAUGGGCAUGUUCGGCAACGUCAAAUCCUUAGCCUACCAUGAGUCGAACGCGGAUGAUCCAUAUAUUACACUGGAAGAGAACGAGGAAGAUGACGAUGAGAGGGAAGAGCUGCAGAUAUUAGCAAACGAUAACCUGGUGUUGGCAGCAAGGAUCGAAGAUGAAGUAGCACAUCUGGAGGUCUACGUUUACGAGGAUGAAGCGGACAACCUUUACGUACAUCACGAUAUAAUGCUCCCAGCAAUACCGCUUUCAGUGGAGUGGAUAAAUCUGCCUGUGGGAAAAGCUGAAGCGGCCGCAGAUGAGAGAGGCAAUUUCGUGGCAAUCGGCACCAUGGAUCCAGAUAUCGAGCUGUGGGAUCUAGACAUGAUCGAUUGCAUGUAUCCGAACGCUAUACUGGGCGAAGGUGGUGAAGAUGCAGACGCAGCAAAGUCCGAGAAGCCGAAGAAAAAGAAGAAGAAGAAAUCGAGGAAAGCCAACGACAACUACCACGUAGAUGCUGUUCUUUCCCUCGCUGCAAAUCGCCAUCACCGGAACCUCCUCGCUUCUUCGUCAGCAGACAAAACUGUCAAGCUGUGGGAUCUCAACACCACAAAAUGCGCCAAGUCGUACUCGUAUCACACCGACAAAGUAUGCUCCUUAGCAUGGCAUCCGAAAGAAUCAACCGUGCUUCUUAGCGGUAGCUACGACCGAACAGUAGUGGCCGCAGAUAUGCGUGCGCCUGAUGCUAAAGUGCCGAUAUGGGGAGUUGAGAGCGAUGUUGAGCAAGUGCGAUGGGAUCCUCACGAUUGCAAUCUCUUCUAUGUAUCGACGGAGAACGGAGUACUGCACUGUCACGACGCUCGUCAUGCCCCCAAAGAUCCUUCGCAGACUAAGCCGCUAUGGACGCUUCAGGCACAUGACGAAUCUAUCUCAUCGUUCGAUGUGAAUCCUGUCAUUCCCGGUUUCCUCGUGACCGGUUCAACGGACAGGGAAGUGAAGCUAUGGAACGUCCAGCCUACCGGACCAAGCAUGGUAGUCUCGCGCAACUUGGAGGUGGGAAAAGUCUUCUCGACUACUUUCGCGCCGGACCAAGAAGUAGGCUUCAGGCUUGCAGUUGCUGGGAGCAAAGGCUCAGUGCAGAUUUGGGAUACGUCCACCAAUCCGGCUGUUAGAAGAGCUUUCGCUACUCGUGUUGCGCCUGUGGAGGGAGAGGUCAAGGAGCGGCUAGUGGGUGUUGAAGAAGACGAGAGUGAAUCGGACGAUGACGAAGAUGAGGAGGGCGAUGCAGACGCAGGAGCUGGCCAUGAUGGAUGGGAGUCCAUGGAGGAGUAG